AUGAUACCACGGCGGAAGCUCGCGUUCCUCUUUAUUGUAAUAACAACGAUUCGAGGCGAAAAUUCAACAGAAAAUUCGGAGAAGACGACAAGUGCUCGAAGUGAUUUCAAGAAGUCUCUUUCCCGUGAUUGCGCCUCCAAAUACACUAUUACAUGUUUAAAAUUUGACAUUGUUUCAUGGGUUGAUAAGCUAAACGAGGAAGACAAUUACGACGUGUUGCCGGGAGUGUCCGUGGUUCGGGAAAAUGGUACCGCUCGUGCAAAUACGGCAGACAUGGUAGCUGAAUUAGCAAGAGACUUUCCCAAUGAUGUCGAAGCGCGCUUGGAUGCGUUUUUAAUAAAAAAAGUUUCUGGAUACCUCAACACCCACUCCAUUAAAUUGAAACUUUUUGGAAAUGAAGAUGACUUCGCAAAUCAAGGAACUGCUCGAGGUGGUGGCGGUGGCGGCUUCGGAGGUGGCGGUGGUAAUAGCAAAAAAGGAGGUGGAAUGGGAGGUGUCCUUCUUGCCGGUGCCGCUAUGAUGAAGGCUACUUUGAUGGCCCUUGCCCUUGGUGCCCUAGCAGCCCUCGCUGGAAAAGCCCUAAUGACUGGUCUAAUCUCUCUCAUGCUGUCAACAAUAAUUGGUCUAAAAUCACUCACUCAUGGGGGAGGAAAGACGACUUAUGAAGUUAUAGCAAAACCUAUUUACUCUCACGCUAACACGCAUUCUGUAUCUCAUGAAGAUCAUCAUGCUCAUGGUGGUUAUUCGUCAUAUGGACGAAGUUUUGAUGACACACCUUUGCCUUUAGGACUUCAUCCAGAAUACAAACCUUAA